CCAGCAAGCCCAAGGGGCUGGUGGGCGGGGGCCCAGCCGGAGCUCCGCAGCUGUCAGUGUGUCCUGGAGCCUGCGGGCCCCCCUUGGCCCCGAGACCCCGGCAUGGUGCGCGCGGCCGCGGUGGGGUCGUCUCUCCCCGCGUCUGGCUUGGACAUGUUCGGGGACUUGAGAAAGAUGAACAAGCGCCAGCUCUAUUACCAGGUGUUAAACUUCGCCAUGAUCGUGUCUUCUGCGCUCAUGAUCUGGAAGGGCCUGAUCGUCCUGACCGGCAGCGAGAGCCCCAUCGUGGUGGUGCUGAGCGGCAGCAUGGAGCCGGCCUUCCACAGGGGCGACCUUCUGUUCCUCACGAACUUCCAGGAAGACCCGAUCCGGGCCGGCGAAAUCGUGGUGUUCAAGGUGGAGGGCCGAGACAUUCCCAUAGUUCACAGAGUGAUCAAAGUUCACGAAAAAGAUAACGGGGACAUCAAGUUUCUGACCAAAGGCGACAACAACGAGGUCGACGACAGAGGCCUGUACAAGGAGGGCCAGAACUGGCUGGAGAAGAAGGACGUGGUGGGCAGAGCCCGGGGGUUUUUACCAUAUGUUGGUAUGGUCACCAUAAUAAUGAAUGACUAUCCAAAAUUCAAGUACGCUCUUUUGGCCGUGAUGGGUGCGUACGUGUUACUGAAACGGGAAUCCUAAAAGGAGAAGCGGUUCCUGGGACCAGAUUGAAAUGGAUUCUACUGAAAAAGAGAAAAACUAAUAUAUUCGGAAUGUUCCACUUUCUGUAUAAAAGGGAAACAAUGUGGGGACGUUUGUGUCUUGUCCAAAUAAACGACUCCUCGGUACAGA